AUGCCUAUAAAGGUUGAUAGGUGCCGACGGUUUGAGGAUGGGCUAAAUGAUAAUAGCAGACUCCUGAUUACUGCACAUCAGAUUACUGAUUUCUCCCGGCUAAUGGCAGCGGCUCUGAAUGUGGAGAGAGUUUGGGAAAGUGAACACAACAGGAGGAAUAGGCUAGAGGCAGCUAGUACUUCACAAAAGGGUGCUUCAAAGACAACUGAGAGACCUAAAGCCAGAGUAGCACCAAGUGCAUAUGCCAUACAACCUCGGGAGGAGCCAAAUCCAGCAGAUGUCAUCAGGGGUACAUUUUCUCUCUAUGACAUGUCUGUAUAUACAUUGAUAAACCCUGGUUCUACACAUUCAUACAUAUGCAUUGCACCACCAGUAGAUAAAGGGGUACAGAUAGAAGGAUUAGAAGAAGAUAUAUUGAUCACUAACCCUUUAGGCCAUAGUGUGAUGGUAAAGAAGGUCUACAAGGGUUGUCCUUUGAUGAUACAGGGAUAUGAAUUUUCAGCCGACUUGAUUGAGUUACCAUUCUACAAGUUUGAUGUGAUAUUAGGUAUGGAUUGGUUAUCACACCAUCAGGUGAUGGUGGAUUAUUAG